AAUAUCAACUCUAAUUUGACUUGGAUCAUUUGCUAAGGUGAUCUCAAAAGCAAUGGCUCAGGUUAAAAAGGUUCAAAUAUUUGGACAAUCUUCUCAGUCAAGAAAUUCUACUGCCUCAACAGCUGGCUUCGAUGAUGUAUCUGGAGGUUUAACAGAUGAAGCGGAUGAAGAUCUUCAACAGUGUAUCAGUCCAAAUUAUUCUUAUCAUCAUCAUUUCCAUGUUCCUUCAAAUCCUGUUUACCAUUCUUAUCAUCUAAAUCAACCGUAUCACCAUCACCUCGUCUCGAACCGUUUUCAUCAUCACUAUUGUCCUCAUUCAUACUCUCAACCCUGUGAUAGACAUUUGACCAACAAAAGAGAUAGUCCUCGUGGAAAUUUCAUUAGUGGCCUAGGUAUUGGCUUAGCCAGUGUAGCAGCUGACUCUCCAAGUUUUGGUCAAGGAGAAGGUGGUUCAAUUGGAACAAGACAAAUGGAAACUUCAAAUCAUCAAUUGAGUAAUCCGUCUCAUUCAUCAACUGCCAAUGAUUUCAAGCCAUCAAGUCUACUUCGUUCGCCUGUUUCUUCAGACAUGAGAUCAACCAUUAAUCUUUACAAGAAAAUUGUAAGUGAUAUUCAUCGCCUGGAAAGAUAUAUCAAUGGUAAAGAUCCUUUUUUCUCAAAUGGCCCACCUAAACAGUCGAGAUGUAUUGUCGAUUUUAUCAACUCUCGUACAUCUGGUAAUUCUAUUCUCGAACGAGCCUCUCUUAGCAAAGAGUUUGUAAUAAACCAUAUUCUCAGUAAUAAUGUGCUCAGAGAAAAACAAUAUUCAGUUGGACAAUUGGAUAAAAUAUUUUGUUCUCAAUGGCUUAACCAUAGACAGAUAAUUUUUGGCACCAAGUGUAAUAUGCUAAUGGUUUUAGAUUUACACACAAGCAAGCUCGUUCAAAUACCCAAUUUAUCAAGUAGUAAUAAUCUCAGCUCUCCACCAAAUACCAGAUGCGGAAUUCAUUGUAUUGCCAUUAAUCCGUCCAGAACUCUAUUAGCUGCUGGAGGUGAGAAUCCAAAUGACAUAGCAAUCUACAAAUUACCAACUCUUGAUCCAAUCGGGGUUGGUGAAGGAGCUCACACAGAUUGGAUUUUUGACGCUUGUUGGUUAGAUGAUCAAUUUCUUGUGACUGGUUCUCGAGACUCUACCUUAGCCUUAUGGAGGGUCGAUGAUAAUGCAAUUUUACCAAUAACAAAUCUAACUAAUGAUCCAUCUGCUAUACCUGGUCAAUAUGGCUUUCUCGAUCCUCUAGUAAUUCAUCGAUUUGAGAAAAAUGACAAAAUUCGAGCUUUACUUUUUGACAAUAAAAGAUCUGAGAUAAUUGCCCUGUCGCUAAAUGCAAAUCUUCAUCGAUUUAAUGUUAGCAAUUUUAAACCCAGCAGUAUGCUUAAGUUACAUUAUCAAAAUGACAACGUGUGUCUAGCUCAAGAACCCGAUCUAAAUCUCUAUGCUGUUGGCUCGAAAACUCAUGUCAUCUUGGUCGACCAAAGGCAUUUUGAAAUAACCAGCAAAGUUCAUACUUCACAACAAGGGAUACGUUCACUUAGCUUUUUUUCUGGUGUACUUACCAUUGGCACUGGAUCUGGGGCCUUACUCUUCUAUGAUAUUCGCAACAAAAAGUAUAUUAAUAUAAGAGAUUCUAAGGAACAAGCAAUCUUAAAAGUUUCCAAAGGUUGGCUUGAUCCUGAAAAUCAAGAGCAGCCCCAAGAUAUUGAAUAUACUCCUGCAAUUUAUACUCAUCAAUAUGAUCAUACUGGAACUCGAAUUUUCACCGCCGGUGGACCUUUAUCUGCUGGAAUGGUUGGCAAUUUUGCCAGUAUUUGGCAUUAAUUUAAAGUUAAGCUAAACUACCUUUGUUUGACAGACUAUCUCACAGACUCCAAAACUUAGCAAAUUUUUGGACCAUUUAAAAUCUGACAAACAGUUAUUAAUAAGACUUAUGAAUGUGCAUAAACCUUAAUUACAUAGAUUAAAACCCCUUAAUAGUCUUAUCAAUCUUUUUAUUCGUCAUUUUUCUCCAUUAUAUUGUUCAUUAGUUAUAUUUUUCAUCUUUCACUUUACUUUGUUUGUUUUCCUCAUUAAUAUGCAUUUAUAUAAUGUUUUAAUAUACAUAUUCAAAAUCGUUA